CUCCCCAGGCGCGCUGCAAGGUUGCACGUGGGAGGGACCAGGCACGUGGGAGGGACCUGGCACGCCCCGGCCAGCUCCCAGGCCCGGGUCCGCGGAGACCCGACGAGCCGCAGCCCGGGAGCGGCCAGCUAUAUAAGCCACCCGGCGCGGGCAGGGCGCACGGGCGCAGCCAGCCUGCGCGUCCUGGGUCCUCUUGACACUAGGGCGCGAAAGCGGGAGGCGCGGCCCGGCUCAGCUCUAGUGUAGCCGCUGCCCGCGCACCCCCUCCCCGGAAGUCAAGUCAGAAGCCUGUUUGCUGUCCGGGAAAUUCCACCUUGUGGCGGCCCGAGUCCAUCAGUCCUUGCGCCCGCUCAUCGCUCCGCAGUUUGAGCGAAGAUGGUGGGCCCCACAGCCUUGGACGUGCCCCCGACGAUGACGGUCAAGAUCUUCUCCGCUGGCGUGGCUGCCUGUGUGGCGGAUGCCAUCACGUUCCCGCUGGACACCGUCAAAGUCCGGCUCCAGAUCCAAGGUGAAUGCCAGACCUCCAGAGCCAUCAGGUAUAAAGGUGUCCUGGGAACAAUCACCACUCUGGCAAAAACAGAAGGGCCAGUGAAACUCUAUAGUGGGCUGCCUGCUGGUCUCCAGAGACAAAUAAGCUUUGCUUCUCUUCGGAUCGGCCUCUACGACACUGUCCAGGAGUUCUUCAGCGCAGGAAAAGAAACAACACCUAGUUUAGGAAGCAAGAUCUCAGCUGGUCUGACGACUGGAGGGGUGGCAGUAUUCAUCGGGCAACCCACAGAGGUCGUGAAGGUCAGACUUCAAGCACAGAGCCAUCUGCAUGGUCUCAAACCUCGCUACACCGGGACUUACAAUGCUUACAGAGUCAUAGCGACAACAGAAGGCCUGAUGGGCCUUUGGAAAGGAACUACUCUCAAUCUGACAAGAAAUGUCAUCAUUAAUUGUACAGAGCUGGUUACAUAUGACCUAAUGAAGGAAGGCCUUGUGAAAAACAAACUCCUGGCAGAUGACUUACCCUGCCACUGUGUGUCAGCCCUUAUCGCCGGAUUUUGCACAACGGUCCUGUGCUCGCCAGUGGAUGUGGUAAAAACCCGAUUCAUUAAUUCUCCACCAGGCCAGUACAAAAGUGUGCCCAACUGUGCCAUGACAAUGUUCACCAAGGAAGGACCGCCGGCUUUUUUCAAAGGAUUUGUACCUUCCUUCUUGCGAUUCGGAUCCUGGAACGUCAUCAUGUUUGUGUGCUUCGAACAGCUGAAACGAGAGCUGACGAAGUCAGGGCGGACCGUGGACUGUGCCACAUAAUCACCUUCAGGAAAAGGCGGUAACACACCAGGGGGAAUCUUUGCUGACCGGAUAACUAAAAUCAAAAAUGAAAACAAAACACCUAUUUCCCCUUAUUUCACCCUAAAAAGAUAAAGGAGUUCUGAUAAAGAGUUUUGGACUUUUCAAAGACAAAUGGGUGUUUAUUUCCUGUGACUUUUAUUCUCAGUGUCUCAGGAAGGAGAAAGCAAAAUUCUCAGCAUGCACCUUGGCUCAUGCAAGGUGCAAAUAAGUGACUUCAUUUGAUUGGCUGUUUUGAGAGGAUGGGAGCCUUACGAUUGAAUAUGAAGAAAUUUAACAUGUUUUCAUUAUAAUUCAAGUUCACAAGAAAGGAAAACGGCCGCAUUUUAUGUUUAUAAAUACUUAAUGAUGAACAGUUAUCAAGAAAAUGCUAUUUCCUUUUAUUAACCCAGUUGUCAGUUAAUAUAUUCAGUAAAGUAUUCCCAGUACAUUUGAAUGUUUGCCAUUCGGGGUCUAUCUCUGAAUGUAAAAUUUGCGGUGCACUUCUAGCAAGUGAAGGUCUUUAGAAUCAUCAAGCAUAAACUUACUUUGAAUGUAAUUGGCACAGAUUUCUAAUUUUGGGAGUUUGUGUUUUAUGGCAUUUAUAACAAUCUCUAAUCUAAGACACUAUAAUCUUUUGGGCAUAUUGUUAUUACAAUCAUGAUAUCUGUGUCAGAAGUGCAGAAUUUUUGAGGCAGAAGGUACCUUGGGUGAGACAGAAGAAUAGUCUGGGAUUCCUAGUGAGAUAAAAACAAAUCUUCAUGGCAUCUUUCCAGCCAAGGUAAAUUCAUCAUUAACACCUGUAGGAACCUUUUUCUUAUGCCCACAAACAAUGCAGAAGAAAUAGGGAAAGAAUAAACAGAUUAGAAAAGAAGUGUAAGACAAAACCCAGGCUUGUUUUGAGCCAAAACCGAAGAAUGGAGGAAGGUGUCAUUCUAUUUGUUUUCAUCAGCUCCGCAUUCUAUCUACUGUUGUGUUUUUCCCCCUUGACUUAUGAGGUUUCCCUGGUGCUUAUUUCCCCUGCUGUUAACUGUAAAAUGGUCUUGUAGCAGAGGUCUGCAGUAUCCCUCACCUGUCUCUUUGAGCUCACCACUCUAGCGCAUGAGCGCGUCACUUCCUGUUGUCCUUUCCGCAUCUGUCUAGGGUCUUCCGGCCAGCAGAGCCAUCCCUGUGCGCCUGCGCAUGGCUCGCUCGAAGAACCGGAAAGAACACACCCCCUGAGAGCCGCCCUUGCCCAGUAACUGAUGGGAGUCUGUGUAUAAAUACUUUAGUCCCCUCGCCCUCACCCAAGGACUCAAAAUCCAGUUGCACAGUGUUAUUUUGCUUAAUACAAAACCCUUUAUGGGAUGACUUCAGUCCCCUCACUCCUUUACCAGUGUUUCCUGGGAAUCACCGCCCAAAUGAAUGACAAAUCCUUAUUCAAGGUCUGAUUCUGGAGGAAUCCAAACUAAGACAAACCACAACCUUGGAGUAGCAGGUUUCUGUCAAAUACAGAAGAAAACAUAAAAGUUCGUUUCUUCGCAGUCAGGAAGUAGGCUGUAGUGACAAGAUACUGUCCCUUGAUCAAACUAUAGUCAGGCUUCUCUGAGCUGCCCUUUUCUACUAAAUACUCCAUAGGCAUGUCUUUAAGAGCCCAAUUUAACAAGAAUCGGACUGGAUAGGUUUAGCCAGAGUCCCUCACCCUUCAUAAAUACCACCCUUGACAACUGAUCAAAAAUUCCUCUUCUACCCUUGAUAUUGGAUCAAUUCUCUUGGAUUUUCUAUGUACACAUUUAGAUCAUUUAUGACUAACUUUUCUUUCAUUCCGUCCACUUGUUUUAUGGCACUAGGCAGAACUCCAGCACAAUUUUGAAUAGAUGUGCUGUGACAAUUUAGAUUAUUCAUCAAAUGUUCACUCUUUAGCCCUUCCUAAUAGAAUACAUGUUCCUGUUCCAUGGAUGUUGGACUUGACCAUGUGAUUUGCUAUACAACCAAGGGAAUGUGAGUGGACAUGAUGUGAGCAAAGGCUUGAAAUACCUGUGAGCCAUUGGACUUCUUGUGUUUCUGCUGCACCAUUAAAGAGCAUACCUCAGGUAGCCCACUGGUCCCAGAUGAGUAGAUCACAUCGAGAUGACAGAAGCCAAAAACAUGACCUGUGUUUAAGCUUUGCUAACCAGGUAGCAAAGCUGCCUGGUUAGCCUACCCAUGUGUGAGGAAGGAAUGUUUGUUUUUUUGUAGCCACUAAGAUUUUUGUGUGAUUGGUUCUUAUGUGUUGUUAUUGUGGCAAAAACAGAUACAAGUGGUAACAUCCUUUCUUAAUUCUGAUCCUGAUGUUUUACCAUUAAAUAUAUUGGUUAGUGUUUAUUUUAUAGAUAUGAUUCAUAAAAUUAAGGUAACCCGUAUCUCUUAUUUGUUAAGUUUUUAACAUGAAUGGAUGUUGAAUUUUUACCAAAUGCUUUUUCUGCAACUUUUAAGAUUAUGUGGUUUUUGAAUGUUAAUGUGGUAAAUUUCAUUAAUUUUAUUUUGGGAAUUAACCUGAGCUGCAAUUGAUCACACAUUAAAACAACAUAUCUAUAUGUAGCUCAUUAUUAUUUAAUAUAUUUAUUUCUGGACUUCAGUAGGUUUCUAUUUUAUUUAGCAUUACAACAUCUAAAAUGACACUGGCAUAUAAUUCUUACUUUUUCAUUCUGUUCUUGUUGGAUUUGAGUCACCAACACUAUGAAGUUUCAUUGUGUCUACCCUUCAUUAUGUAGAAGAGAUUGUGAAACUGUCAUUAUUUUAUUCUUAAAUGUGUUAACUUACCAGUGUGGAACUGUGGGUGUUUUUUGUUUAAUUAACAUAUAAUGUAUUAUUUGUGUCAGGGGUACAGGUAAACUGUAGGUUUUUUAAUGGAAAGAUUUUUAACUCCUGAAUCCACUAAUAGUGCUAGGACUUUCUGCUUCCCUAUUUCUUCUUAUACAGUUCUGUUUUGAUAAGUAUAUUUUUCUAGAAAUGUUUAUAUUUCAUCUAAAGUUUCAAAUUUUUGAGGUGAUCCUUAAUAUAUUUUCAGGUUUGCAGUAUCCGUAGUGAUGUUUCAUAUUUAAUUCUUGAUAUCAUUAUUUGCUUUUCCUUAUCUCACCAUGGUUUAUCAGUAUUACUAGUCUUUUCAAGCAACAGCUUUUUACUUUUGUUGAUUCUAUGGUAUAUAUUUCUACUCCACACACCUGAGCUCUUGCCUUUAGUAUUCCUUCUUCAUUUUCUUUAGGUUUAUUUUGUUCUUUGCCAAACUCCUUGAGAUGAUUACUUUGUCUUUAAUUUUCAGCCAUUCUUUUUUCAAUAUAUACAUUUAAAGCUAUUAUUAAUACUAACUUUAAUAAGUACUGCUUUUGCUGUAUCCGACCAGUGACAUAUGUGGUAUGUUUGUUUAGCUUAAAAUAAGAUAGACAGACAGACAGACACACACACACACAGAAGAAUGUUCUGCAGCUGUACAUAAAUAGAAUAAGGAAGCUAUGUAUUAAUAUAAAAAUAUAUCUAAGAUACACUGCAAGAUUAAGUAAAAUGUACUACAGUGCAGUAUGAAUUAUUCCCAUCCUUUCUAAGAAUGGGAGAUGGGAGUGGUAGCUUCUUUUCUGGUCUUAUAACCAACUGUUGUUAUCCAGUAACAUCUUAAAUAGAUAGUUAGUGGAUGAGUUAAAGUCAUAAAAAUAAAAAUUUUCUAUAUAUUCUGAUAAAUCUAUAGGAACAUGAUUAAAGGAUUAAAUAAGAAAGGCACUAUUUCAUGGAAAUAAGUGACUUAAAUUAGGGAUGGGGAGGAAGGGAAGAGAUGGAAGGAUUACAGAAAGGCUUAUAACAAUUGUGACACUUUUGUUUUAAUUUGUUUACAACAUUCCGAACAAAAUAACAUCACAUUUCAACUAUUGCUUUUACAUAAGAAGUUAAUUGUUUUAUCCAAAGUAGACAAAAAUCUAUUUCUUUAAGUUGCCAACCAGCACUUUUCCCCCCAGGGAAAGCUGUUGCUCAUUUUUUAAAUACAUUAACAGAAACAUAGAACUGCCCUAUAAUUGGAAGAAAAAAAAAAAAAAGAAUUCCCCUAUAAUAGUUGGGUCUUAGCUGAAGUACAUUUAAUUUUUUUCUUGUCAAAAGCUGAAGCCAGAAAACAAAACAAAACAAGCUCAGUCAUGAUUUCUCUCAGAUGUUUAAAGUCCAUUAAUCUUCGUUAACAAUCUGCCAGUGUGGAGAGGUUCCUAAAUGUAAAAAUGGAAAGUAAGCCUCCCCAGACUUAUUCAUAGAGAAGCUGAGUGGACCAUUUAUCCUGAGAAAAUAGCUGCUGGCCCCCAAUCAUUACUUCAAGGAAGAUAAUAACCAUUAUUGCUCUCCAAGCCAAACCUCUUCUCUUCUGUGCCAUGAUAGUGUGUAAUAUUUCCUGCUCUGGCAAUGAGUAUUCCACUUUUGAGUCACUCGUGUAAUGCUGCUCCUUUGAGCAAUCUUUGACCAAGUUCAAUUUCACUGAAUGUUAAGGGGAGAAACAGUAAUAUAAACAAUUAUUAAUACUGGAAUAAAAAUGAAGACUACACAUAAAUUUCAGAUAGAAAAAUACAUACAAAUCCAAACAGUUGUUAAGAGAGGAAAAAAAAAUACAGGAUGGGCGUUUUCAAGAAAAAGAUUUUGUUUUCUAACUGGUGCCAGUAAAACACUGAUUUUAUGUCUAACUCUACCACCAUAAGUAUAUACAAAGAGAGGCGGGUCUAGGUUCACUGAUAUACUGAUAUCCCCUGAUUUCUCCUAUUUCCUUAAAGAUUGUCUUCCAGAACAUAUUUGAACUACAACCAGUGUAACUGUGUUUACACUAUUCUUGUCACUCGCACACUCUCUUCGAUCUGGCACAUACAAAAAUUCAUUUCCACAUUGAUUCACUUUUCUGAUGCUAAAGCAAACAUAAUUUUCUUGCUACUUCAAUUCUAUCACUACUUUGGUAUUUCAUUCAUUAUUAUAGAAACAGGUAAGACUCUAAAUAUGGAUUUUAAGACUACAUAAAAUUCUAACAUACAUACAUAGAAAGCAAGGAAAAGUAGGAAGGUAGACACAAUUAUGUUUUUUCUUUUCAGGUAUGUCACUAUAUUACAUUCUAAUUUACAAGUGGCGACACUUAGCUUGGCUUCCAGACUAUCAAACGUUACAAUUUAUUGGUAGCUUUUAGUCCAAUUCACUACAGAAUUUCUGAAAUGGUUACUGAUUAUUUUAAGCAAAAACAGGACAAUAUCUAUAUUGUACAAACAGAGAUGACUUAAAGAACAUAUUAUUGGCCAAAUUUUCUGAUGACAUUCUUUUUAAAACAUUCAAGUUACUUUCCUCCCUAGAAGGGGAAAAACUUGCUUAAAAAGUUUCCCCUUUCACAGUUGGAUCAUUCUUUAUUAAGCAUAUUGACAAAGGUUUAAAUCAGUUCAAGACCUCAGCUAUUGAAAGAUCAAAAUAUUAAGGUAAGUAUUUUCAGCUUGGAAAUUAAACUAACAGAAUUGCUUUCCAUUUAAGAGUAAACACUUAAAACUUUAAUGGUUAGCACCUGACCUUUACCAGGAUUUUCCUACAUCUCCUAGAACUCUAGAGCUGGAUAAUAAAGCACCGAAAACAUAAAAAUAACAAAAUAAAAGAUAAUCCCAAGGUUGAGAAGUCUCCUACAAGAAGCCUAUCUUUAAAUCCCUGUGAUACUGAGAUGCUAGACCACCAUGACUAUAAUAAAAUGAAUCCAAUUUUUAAAAGUUUUAUCCUGUUGAGAAAAUAACAGUUUUAACGCUGUGCUCUCAAUGUAUGUGCCAUACAAAACCGCAUCUGUUAUUUUCCGCUCGGGUAUUUUUCAUCGCUUUUCUCUCUGGCAAGUUUACAGAGAGAGGACUGUCAACAGACAGGAACAAAUACUGCAAGCCUCAGGUCUUGCUAUACCACAGGCGUCAGUCCUGAAACACUUGAUAUUCACAUUAAAAGAUCCACCAACUCUCAUCAUGUUUAAAUGAUGUCUCUAACAGGCUGCUUUCUGUAGGAUUUGAGAACUUAGUAAUCAGACAAACCUAUCUUUAAACUCUUUUAGUUUUGCUAGGAGUACAGAUUUCUAAAACACACAAGGAAGAAAUUAUUCCCGUUAGAAUUUCCUCACUAUAUAAUCCUUGACAGCACUUGAUGUCCUCCUGAGAUUUGAGGAGAAUAAAGCUAUACGCGAAAUGCACAGUCAUCAUCCUCAGGCUAGUUUAGAAUCCCACAGACCAUCAACUCAAAGAACACCCAUGCGUACGCCAUUAUCCAGAAACACUAUGGAGGCAAAGCAAAAAGAAGGAACAGUUAACAGUGAGUAAAAUAAACCAACCAUGUUUCACGGAUAUUUUUAAGAAGCUUUAGGUUUUCCUUUUGUUUCAGUUCAAAGACAGCUUUAUGGAAAGUAAGCCACUGUCCUUUGAAUACAGUCAAGAUUUUCUUAGCAAAUACAUCUCUUUUCAUAAACACUCACUGCCAGAGAAGCCUCAUAAAAGACCCUCACAAUGAGCACUAACUAUAGUUCUUUCCUAUAGCAGACUGAAAAGCAAAUACUGAAGAUGAGAAAAUGCCUUUAAGCUUUAAAAUACCACUGUGAUAUUUUCAAGUAUGGUAUUUAAAAACAAAAAAGCUAGUCACCAAUACUAUCAUUCUCUCAUUAGCAAUUAUGCUAAUGAGAGAAACCAAAAAGAGGCCCUGUUUCUUUAUCUUGUCUGACAUAGCUCUGCUUUCUGCUACUAAUCAAGCAACAUUAGGAAUGUGAUUGAGAUGCAAAGAAAGCAAGCAAGCCUGGAAGAGCUACUCUUCCUGUUAAUUAACCUAGGGAGAAAACAUGACAAAGGAAAUAAAAAACAAUCGUUUCCAAACUAAGACACGAAAAAUCUGAAAAGAGCUCUGAAAAGAGAUGGACUGGAUAGUUAACAAUACAUAAAAAUGAACACUGGUUUUUACACAUUUUAGUCAACCAAUUUAAUACAAAUACCUGAUUUAUACUUUUACACUAAAUGGGCAAAGUCCCAAGUUCCAAACUGUAGUUUGCAGGCCUCUACAGUAGGGAUCUUUGGAAGGAUAAGGUACCUUUGGAGGACAGUGUAUAAAUGACUGUAAACAUACACUGAUUGUCCACUAGCUUUCUUAAAUAGAAUUUCUGAAAUAUUUUAGUAGGAAAUUAUAUAUAACGAGUGUAAUUGAUCAGAUAAUUUCUAUUACAACAUAUAAAUUCUGUUGUGUGUGCAAAAUGUGGUAGAAAUAGAAGAGAAUAUGGAGGAAUCAUAUCUUUAAAGUUAGUGAUACAUUGCAAUCCAGUAAGAGUCCUUUAAUCUUUUCAUGAAACUUCUCUCUAUACAUGUUGAAAUACAUAAUGCUUUCUGGCUUUUCUUCAAACCAAAACUUGUCAAAUUCAUAGACAAGGUAAC